AUGGUGAUCAGCGAGACGCGGAAGCGCGUAAUGAGGCAGCUAAAUAGCAGAUAUAUAUACGGGAGAUAUCCACUCCUCCACGCCAUCGUCGCCCUAAUACAACUCACCAUGGUAUCGAUACUGGUCCGCAAAUUUAAUGGCUACUAUGCAAGCCGGCCGGUCAUGACCACCAUGAUCACCAACGCUGUUCUUGGUGGAAUCGCAGACACGGUCGCCCAAACCCUCACAGCUAUCCGACUACGCCAACGACAGAAAGCGCUCAACCCGAAUAGCGAUACAAGAGAGGACUUCAUGUCGGUGGAGAUUCAAGAUUUGGACAAAAAGGUACCAUGGCCGGCGGACGACUACAUGACACCCGCGUCAAAACGUGGACCACCUCCUUUCGACUUUGAGAGAUUGAUCAGAUUCAUGGCAUAUGGUUUCAUGAUGGCGCCGGUGCAGCACAAGUGGUUCGGAAUGCUGCAUAGGUUGUUUCCAAUCGAGAAUGGAAAGGGCACGGCGAAUGCACUUAGGAGGGUUGCUCUCGAUCAAUUCAUCUUCGCUCCAAUCGGUCUUGCGGUCUUCUUCACAUUCAUGACGGUUGCGGAAGGUGGUGGUAGGCGGGCAGUCGUUCGCAAGUUUCAGGACGUCUAUCUGCCCUCACUGAAAGCCAACUUCAUUGUAUGGCCGUUGGUUCAAGUGCUGAACUUCCGGGUCAUGCCAAUCCAGUUCCAAAUACCAUUUGUUUCCACGAUUGGUAUCUUCUGGACAGCAUACUUGUCGAUGAACAACGCUUCCGAAGAGCCCAUGGCGACUCCUGGCGCUUCACCAGCAUAA